AUGUCUUUAUGCGAUACCCCAAGCUCCUUGAUUCUGCUAUCUCCGUGCUCGUCCUCGCCAACUCUCUUUGACCCGGAUUUUACGGAUCCUGAGCGCCAGAAUUAUCCGAACCGUAAUGUGCUUGCCGCCAGAUCUCGUUUUCUGGCCGAAAGCAUGAACACGAGCGGCUCCGUGUCUUCAAGAGAAAAUACGCUUUUGCACGAGGGCGGGAUGGCUGCAAAUCCUGUUCCUGACAGCGUCACAAUAAUCAUGCCUGAUUUCAUUUCUCGGGUCUCAGUGCUGAUGGACCUGAUCGCCCUGUUUGUGGCCCAGUACACGCCUCAGGCCGUGGAGAUCUCCGUCACCCACCUCCUUCUUUACACUUUUGCAACGCAUGUCGACGACCCCAAUCUUUGCAUCAACCAUUUAAAGCUCCUUCAUUUGGGGAAACAAUACAGCAUUCAAACGCUUAGCGACUUGCACCAGCCACAACCCCCUUUGCAAAGCAUUUGCAGCCGUUUUGCAACUUUUCAACUUUUCAUCACAGAUAAUUUGGUGUCUGUGCCGCUUGCGUUGCCCAUGAGCGAUUUAAUACAACGCUCCCUACAUGUUGUCCGUUCGAGCGACCCAGACCGCCCUGUCACCUACGCAGAUGCCAUGCUCCGUAUCAUCCGGAAGCGCCUGCGCCGCAAACUGUCAGUGUCCUCUGUUGCUCUGAGUCGUACGCUGGGUGCUUCAGUAACGGAUGUGGAGGAGCCACAGCUGGAUGCAGAUAUUCUGCGCAAGAUGAAAGCGACAUGGAAACGCUUCUUCCACAAACAGGUUGCGGCGUAA